GCCUAAAGGAAACAGAGGAAACGAAAUUGCUCCUUUCUGCUGAGUGCGAGGCAGCCAUGGCAGCCGGGGGUCUCAUCAAGGAUCUUUGCGAGGAAGCCACUUGCCCCAUCUGCCUGGAUUACUUCAAGGAUCCAGUGAGCACAGAUUGUGGGCACAGUUUCUGCCGAGCCUGCCUGACCCAGGGCUGUGGGAAGACAGACGCAGAGACCUCCUGUCCCCAGUGUAGAGAAACGGUUCAGCGAAGGAGCCUCAGGCCAAAUCGGCAGCUGGCAAACUUUGUAGAAAUAACCAUGCAACUGAGUUGCCAAGGGGGAAAGAUGACAGAAGAAAAGCGGGGAGUCUGUGACAAACACCAGGAGCCCUUAAAACUUUUCUGUAAAGAAGAUGAAAUCCCCAUGUGCGAGGAGUGUGGCAGAUCCAAGAUUUCUCUGGAGAAAGCCUCCCAAGCAUACAAGGCUGAGAUCUGUAGCCAGGUGAAGAUUUUGAAGAAGAAGAGAAGAGAAAUGUUGGCAUAUAAAGCAGAUGCAGAAAAUGAAAUGCAAGACACGCUUAAACAAACCAAAGCAGAGAGGGAAAAGACAGUGGUUCAGUUCAGACGGCUUCGCCAGUUGCUGGAAAUACAAGAGAAACUUCUGCUGGCCCAGAUAGAAGAGGUGGAGGAGGAGAUUGCCAGGAGAAGGGAGGAGCACCAGGCCAGACUCUCUCAAGAACUCUCCUCUCUUGAAUGUCUCAUCCGGGAGAUGGAGGAGAAGUGUCAACAGCCAGCAAGUGAACUCUUGCAGGAUUGGAAAAAUACCUUGCGGAGGAGUGAGGUGAAACAGACAUAUGAGAAACCACUGGUUUUCCCUCCAGAGCUCAAAUGGAUGAUCUGGGGAGUCAGUGAUAUAACUUCCUAUGUGGUGGCUGUCAUGAAGCAGUUCAAAGAUGCUCUGCUAUCUGGACUUCAGCUGCAGAAAGUAAAUGUAACCCUGGAUCCAAACACCGCGCAUCCGCAACUCCUCCUGUGCAAAGAUCGUAAAAGUGUAACAUAUGGAGACAUACGUCAGCCUCUGCCUGACGGUCCCGAGAGAUUUGACACGUAUCCUGCUGUGCUGGGAUGUGAAGGAUUCACAGCAGGCAGACAUUUCUGGGAAGUCGUUGUGGGGAGUGAGGAAAGGUGGGCUGUGGGGGUCGCCAGCAAGUCUGUGAGGAGGAAGGGCAAUGUCCCCUUUAGUCCUGAAGAGGGGAUCUGGGCUGUGGAGAAGUGGGAGAAAGGGUACCAGGCCUCCAACUCCUUUCUUAAUUACCCUCCUGUAACCCCAAGAGAGAACCCCAAAAGGAUCCGGGUGAGUCUGAACUGUGCUGGGGGACAAGUAGCCUUCUUUGAUGCUGAUACGGCAGCUCUGCUCUACACGUUCAUGGAAGCCUCAUUCUCAGGAAAGACCCUUCAUCCCUUCUUUUGGCUGUUGGGGGAAAAAGCCCACCUCAGAAUCUCUUAAGGAAACCAAGUCUGCCUCACAGGGCCUGAUGGUGUUACUCUCCAGACCAGAACGACUGAUCUAAACUUCAAACAUGUGUCCGUGAGGAGCACUUUUGGUUCCUUUGCAAAGGCCCUUAGACCAGAUGAGUUCCAAUCACAGUCAGCAGAAAAAUAACAAGGAUGGGGUUCUGCUUCUUUCUGUCCUUUUCCCAGAGUUCCUUCUUCCCACAUAACUUUAGCUCUUCAAGAGGCGGUAACAGUUUAACAAUCAUAAAUGAUAGUAGAGUUGCAUGACCUUCAAUCCUAGAUUUAAUUUUUCCUUUUGCAGAAGUUUCAUGGGGUGGGAUGGGGACAGAGAGCACAUUUUUCAGAGAGCUAUUUGCCAACUUCUGCCUGCCAAAUAAACAAGCUCAGCAAAGAUUGAUUGAUUGAGAGAGAGAGAGAGAGAGAGAGAGAGAGAGAGAGAGAGAGAUCGGGGAAAUAGUCUGAAUUCGUCCUGAUGGAAACAUCUCUGUCAAGUCACUUAUUCUUUUUGUCUGGACCUCUGGUCAGGGAUUGCCUUAGGCAGAACUUGACUCUCAACAAACUUGCCUGCCCAGACAUUUGUAGCUGCCCAGCUUCUUAGUACUCCACACACCUGAGCAGCAGACGAAGUGUUGCGACUAAACCCUGCUGCAUAGGCCAAGGUGCUUCCCCCAGUGUAGGGGAUUACAGUCCUCAUAGUAAAAUAACGGGGAUUUAAAUUCUUGCUGGUAAAGUCUUACCUUCUUGAUUCUAUGUUUCACUUUAUUUUAAAAACAAUUGAUCAGUUUUGAACUUCUUUCUGCCUGUUUCCUGAAUAAAUAUCCUCAACUGGAAA